AUUUUUUUAUGCAUAGUUACAUUUCUUCACUGCCAAUGGAUUCUCAAGAACACGAAGAUGCUUCCACUACCCAAAAUGAUAAAAAGAGGGGUGUCACAUUGAUGAAGAAGUGUGUGCUUAAACGUGCAUGUGCUAAUGAAAAGAUUUUUGUCCAAUUCGAUGAGUCUAAUAAUCCUAUUGGUCCGAAUAGACCCAAGCUAAUCAGUUUUGUUGGAUAUUUGGGACGAAACAAUGUAGACAUCAAUAUUGCGAACUGGAGGCGAGUUUCAAAAGUUUCAAAGGAUCUAAUUUGGGAAGAUAUUCAGAUUGUUUUUGAGAUUCCUGAUACCAAGAGUGUUAGAAAACGGAUGCUGAAAAUAGCUAAUAAGGCAUGGAAAGACUUCAAGUCGAAGCUAAGUACCAAGUAUGUGUACGGGAAGAAAAAAAACGAAGACCCUCUCAAGAAAUACAAUUGGAUCACUGAAGAGCAAUGGAGUAAGUUUGUUGAAAGCCGUCGCGAUCCAGAGUUUCGGCAUCUGAGUGACAAAGGUAAAGAGCUUCAACUCCAAAAUGUUUACAAGCAUCGAUUGUCACGAGGAGGUUACUACAUGUUGGAACAAGACCUCAUAAAGAAAAAACAACAAGAACAAGAACUCGCUGCGAUUUCGGAUCCAUCUUUUGUGUGUACCCCUAUAACUCGUAUACCGAGACACAUAUUAUGGAAGGGAGGUCGAAUAGGUAAAGAUGGACAGUUUAUGACAGAGGAGAGCAGAGAAGUUGCAGAGAAAAUUGAUUCUUUUGAACAUCAAGCUUCCAUUGGAGAAUUUACUGAAUGUGGGAGGAAUGAUAUUCUGAGUGCUUCGUUGGAAAAGAGUGAACAUCCCGGUCGAGUUAGAGGCGUAGGAGGAGAAGCUACUAUAACUGAAUAUUUUGGUCGGAAGUCACGAAGUGAUGAGAAACACCUUUCUGCAGAGAAUGUUCAACAGAUGGUUAGCAAAGCAGUAGCAGAUGCAGAGUUUAGAGCCGCUAAAACAUUUGAGUCCCGAAUGGGCAUGAUGCAAGCCAUGCAACAAAAAUGGAAGAGAUGAUGCAAACUAUGAUGUCG